ACUCCUAUUGGUUUAUUGGUGACGCGAUGACACGGAGGAGUUGGGCUUAACACUUUAUAAAGCUCCUCUGUCCGCGGCGAGCCACUCUUGUAAAGACCACUGUUGCUGAAACUUCUCGCUCCGCAACUCGCGUACUGGAAGCAGCCGAGAAAACCUCCACUUUACCGUCCAUCAUGAGCGAGAGACAAGGAUCUGGGGCAGCUGCUGGCAACAACAAGACAUCUGGAGAACAAGAUGCGUCCAAGACGGACGUCCCAGAGGACUUUGACAUCGACAUGGAAAACCCGGAGACCGAGAAGGCGGCUGUCGCCAUUCAGUCCCAGUUUAGGAAGUUCCAGAAGAAGAAGCGCGUUGAGAAGUCCUAGUGAGCGCCACACGGUGCUCUGCCACUGUGUGUACGGACGGCAGGCGGACGAGGCGGCGCAGUGACGAUGGUGUGACAUUUGCAUGUAAACAAAUUCAUACCUGUUGGAACUCUAGGGGUUGUGAUGGGGUUUUGGGGGAGGGGGGAGAGAAUGCAAUAGCCUGUUUAUCAUAUAACAUGUCUGUGAAUUUUCAUUAUCCUAUUAUUAUAAUUACUAUAAUUUAUGAUUUGACUGCAGUAUCAAUAAAUGAGUAACAAACAGUUAGAAAAGAAGAUUUGGUUUCUGUCCUGUCCCGUGUAUCAUGAAGUCUAGCUGGUGUUUGGUGUUAGAAUAUGUUUUUGUACUUAUCCCGGCCUCAAUAGUUAUACUUGCAACAUCUCUCUCUGUAAGGCUUUAGGACUACGUUUCCCAAAAACACCCGUUUACAUGUGUGUAGAUGGAGCAAAUGCUGACGUUGGAUUGAAGGUUGUUUUUAGGAAACUUGGCCUACAGCUUUCCUUUCUGAACAGAAUAUCUCACCCAGAGGCAUUUUUCUUACCCGCAUGGUACUAUCAAGGUGUGUAUCAAUGUACAUUGAAUAAAUAAAAAAUGUGUGGAACUGG